AUGGAUACCACGGAGAGUGCCGAGAGCGCGCACAGCCCAGCAAGCUCGCCCUCGCGCAGCCGCUGCCCGCAGCCCGCGCAGCCGGGGUACCUAUCAGCCCGGAUCUGGCCCCGCGCAGUCUCCACCCUCGCCCCGUGUCCGCCGCCCACGGAGCCCGAGGACCGCCUGGCCCCGGCUCGUCCCCGUGCGCCCUCUACCUCAGCCCUUGCCCUGUACCCGCCGCCCUUGCCUUGGCCCGUGCCCGGUGCCCUUGCUAAGUCCGAGUUGAGUCUGGUGGCUCGGCUCGCGUUCUCUGUGCGCAGCUUGCGCUUGCCACCCUGCAGGUCGGAGGGCUUCUGGAGACCGUGGGUUCGAACUCCUGGCGAGAGAGAGGAGCGGACAAAGCCCCUUGCUGCAGAGGCGUUGCCCAGUGGCCCAGGAAUGACAGAAGCUUCUGGGAAGCCUUUGCAAUACCAACACCCCGUCAGACUAUUCUGGCCCAAGUCCAAGUGUUACGACUACUUAUAUCAAGAAGCAGAAACUCUUCUGAAAAAUUUCCCAAUUCAAGCUACAAUUUCAUUUUAUGAAGAUUCUGAUAGUGAAGAUGAAAUAGAGGGUCUGGCCUGUGAAAACCCAUCUAAUUAG